AUGGCAAAGCUUUUGGCCACUAUCAAGGCAAUUAUAACACGCAUAAUUUUCAGUACCCACGGUUUCAUAGCCAUCUGGCAAGUGACUCAGAAUAAAAAGGAUCCUAUCUACUGGUGUCUUUGUGUACCGAUAGGUGUUCUGUUCGUGGAGGGAGUAUUUACUUUGGCGAUUAAGAAAAACCAGGAAUGGCGUUGGUUCUGCCCAUCAGUGUUCAUUUACCUAUCGACCAUCGUUCCUUCAAUAUGGCUUCUCGAACUGGACAAAUUAGAAAAACGUACCCUCUUUCAGGACCAGAUGCUGAACGAAACAAUAAACUUUGCCGCAACAGUUGGCAAGGAUCUAAAAGACCUGAACAAAAUGCUCGGCGUAAAAAUCCAGCUACCGGAAAUUCAACUAAACGCCGACACAUGGGUGACUCUCAUAGAGCAAUUCCUGAUGCUGGUGCUCAUCAUCGGACGGUGGAUGCUGCCGAAGGGCGACCUGACUCGGGACCAGCUGAGCCAGCUGCUGCUGGUCUACAUCGGAACCGCGGCCGACAUAAUUGAGUUUUUCGAUUCGUUCAAAGAUAGCAAAAUUGCAAACGAACCGGUGCUGGUGCUGCUGACGCUAAGUAUUUGGUCCUGGAGCCUGCUACAGUUUACGAUUGUCCUGUCGGCCACACGUGCCCGGAAGCCUCGGGGAGGCGGAAGCGCGUCCUCCCAACAACGGGAAGAGGAUACCCACUGCUGUAACAUGAGCUGCUGUAACAUCGACGUGUGGGGCAUUGCUUUGAACAUUCUGCUGCAGGAUGCUCCAUUUCUCACCUUUCGACUGCUGAUAAUUAUACACUACAAAAUCAUCACCUACAUGAAUAUUUUCUUCACAUGUAAAAACACAUUGGUUAUAUUGCUUCAGCUUUAUCGCCUGUACGUGGUCCACUCGGAGAAUCGCAAAACGGCACUGAAGAAACAACAGCAGAGUAAAAAGCAGACAUCCGACGGUGGAUCUGGCCGACAUUUAAAGCACCACAAGAAAACGAACCGGAGAAAAGUAGCGGAUUAUAGUGACGAUGAAUUCAAUGAGAUGCGAAAGUCAAAACAACAACACCAGCGCAAAGCUGCAAGCCUGUCGGCAAAAACGCGUAAGGACACCGGAUACUCAACGGCCAGCAGUCAGACGGCAGCCGAGCAGAAACAGUUGCGAAAGAAAGCGGGAAAGCGUUCAGCCGGUGCUGAUGCGGUUGACGAUGGGGUGGCACAUAAUGAGAGGAAAAAAAGUCACUCCAGAAAGUUAAUGACCGGCAGCCAAGAGCAUGAAGUGGACGGCGAUGGUUUGGAGGAAUUGGAACGGAAACGGUGUCGCACUCGUAAGGAGGCAGGAAAAGGCGGCGACAGGAAAAGACAAACCCCAGAUGGACGAAAAAUCCGACAUCAUGGAAGGAAGUGUCCCGAAGACAUCUACGACAGCAGGGAGAACGUUGAAGACGGCGACAAUGAUGAGGAUAAUGAUGAUGUUCUCGAUAAUGGUAUCGUUGACAGGGCCAACGGACGGCACCGGGAUGCUGACAGCGAUGAAAACGAUACAAGCGAAUUUGAAAUAAUUCACGAGAGGAGUCGGGACACGAGAAGCAAACGCCAUCGUCGUGGGUCUGCGUCAAGUGCUGCGUCUUCUUCUGGCUCCUAUGAGUAGCUUUGGCGAGGUCGCAAUCUUGGAAUUUGGAUUGAGGUGAAACGAUAUUUUGUCGCUGGGAUACACCGUUUGCGAUUUGAAACGGAAGGACCGAUGGUAAUGACGAUGACGACAUCAGCGACGAUGGCACUAGUCUCGUUCCUUGCACUUUAUGAGGACAAUUGAACAACGGUUUAUUUUUGUUGGAUUGAUACUACAAGGGGCAGACUAUGAACAAGAGUGAAGUCGGAAACCGUAUUAUUUUCGAAGCAGAAAGUGUGCGGAAAACAACUAACUUUAGAAUGAUGAUUAUUCCAGCA